CAGGCCCUCAAGUGCUGCCUAGCUCUGUCCUGAAGGCCAAUCCAUGAAGCCCAAAAGACUCUUUCAUUUGGCUUUGCUCCUCUGCACGCGCGGAGAAGACCAACAAAAACAAAGCAAAGCAACGGGACAAGGCAUCGAUCACCAGAAAAAACCAUACAUGGUGGCAGAAGAACGCGCAAAAAAGAAACCCUUUUCCCUAUUUGAUGGAAACAGUGUUUUGGGUCUGGGGUUUUAGGUUUUGGAAUUAGAAUUUGGGUGGAGGUGGUUAUAUGAUCUGGGUUUCGCUUGAAACUUGCCGAUUUAUGUGAACAUUAGCAUUUGGAUACAUAAGUAACUUUUGGGAAUUGAAAACAAUGCUGUCUAAUCAAAGCUAUACUCGAACCAAUACUUUACAGCUCAAAGCUUUGAUUGUUAAAAAGGUUGGGCACGAGAGAGCAGAUAAGUACUUUGAUCAGCUGACAAGAUUGUUUAGUUUUAAGAUAACUAAGAGUGAAUUUGAUAUGUUUUGCAUUAAGAUUAUUGGUAGAGAAAAUAUCCCUCUUCACAACUGCCUUAUUCGAUCGAUUGUCAAGAAUGCUUGCCUUGCUAAAGUUCCCCCACCAACGGGUAUCAAAAGAGUGGGAAGUAGUGUUAAUACUAAAACUGCAAACGGGUACCAGAGAAAUUGUUUACAAUCGCUUUACGGGGAUACCUUUCCUCCUUCCCCAAGGAAGGGAAGGUCUCCUGUCAACCGAGAUCGCAAGCUCAGGGACCGCCCUAGCCCACUGGGGCCACUUGGGAAGCCCCAAUGUGUGGUUUGUGAGGAACUGGAUUCAAGAACACAAGAACAGCAAAGUGCUACCGAACUCCUUUCGCUUGGUAGCAGACCUCCAGUUGAAGUUGCUUCUGUUGAAGAAGGGGAAGAGGUUGAGCAGAUGGCAGGGAGCCCAGGCGUUCAAAGUAGAAGCCCAGUUACUGCUCCUCUAGGUGUUUCCAUGAAUUUAGGUGUAGCUCGUAAAACUCUUUCAAAUGCUUCUAUAUUUGGUAGUCACCUUCAAGAGACUUGUCUGCACGCUGGUGAGCUGCCAGAUACGAGAUCAUUAAGAAGUCGUUUGGAGCGGAAACUGGAGAUGGAGGGUCUUACUGUUUCUGUGGACUGUGUUAACUUGUUGAAUAAUGGGUUGGACACCUACUUGAAGAGUUUGAUCGAGCCAUGUGUGGGCUUAGCCAGGUCAAGUUGUGGAACAGAUCACUUGAAAAAGGUUAGUGGCCGGUUCACACCUGGUUUGAAUGGGAUGUUACCUGGGAGACACAUGCAAAGAUUGACAGAAUCUGUUUACGUAUCAAUGCUGGAUUUUCAUGUUGCAGUGGAGGCAAAUCCCCGAAUACUUGGGGGAGAUUGGGCCACAUUACUUGAGAAAAUUUCGUUGCGCACUUCUGAAGAGUGAUAAAUAUCUUAAUAGCAAUUGCUAGGAAUUUACCAGUCGAUUAAGUGGGAUAUCAGUUCGUCUUCACAUUAAAUUGAUGAUUGUUGAAGGGAUACAUGUUUAUAGGGUAAAAUGUAAAAUUAGAUACAGGUUGGAGGUCAGUAAUUUAGGAAAUUUACACAGUUUUGCAUUAAUCUGAUUUUCUUUUUCUUCACAAGCCUCUAGUGUACCAAGUUAUCAAUGAAAUAAAGUAACUUCUGAUUUUAGAAU